AUGCUGGAGACAGCAUAUGCCCGGCUUGAGGCCAGGUUUGAGGCCAGGUUUGAGGGCAGUGAGGCCACCACUGAACAGCCCGUCCGAGGUAACCCUCCUGAUGUGAACCAUUUGCAGCCAGUCAUUGGUGGCAACACCAUCCCACACCCUUCCCCCCAAGGACAACCUAACAGUUGGGUACUCUCAGCUGGGAGUGUUACUGCAGCCCUGGUAUUACAUUUUAUCAGGGGUAACACCAAAGAAGCUCAGCUUCUUUACAGUGCCAUUGGCAGACUUGCUCGCCAGCUUGUACAGCUAUACUAUCGUGGGGUAGUCUUGCACCUAACCAGAGAAACAUCCUGGUUAGAAACCUUGAGGAGAGAGCAGCCAGUAGAAAUAUUGCUCUUGAUAGGUUUGAGAAUUCCUGGGUGUCUAUCUUUGUGCUUUCUCAGAGAUGGAAAACUGCUGUCUCCAGUAGAAGACAGUAAUAAAACGAAUGUGUUCUUAGAUGUAAUAAAUCCAACAACCAAGUGUCUGGAUCACCACAAGCACAACAAACUAUUGUUUCUAAUCUCUCUUGUCAAAUUCUUGUCAGAGUUCCAUUUUCGAUCUGGGUUGUUCUUCAAAUGCUAUAACACAGUCAAAAUUGGUCAAACCCACUGGGAAUCGUAA